ACCAUCAGCUGAAAGCUGUUCUGGUUGCGCGUGGUAGGCUUUCUGAUCGUAACGGCGUAGGAUUGCUGUGUUUGUACCGUAUAUGCGUUUUCCUUUUCUUGUUGUGUCGAACAUUUCUGUUUUCUUAUAUAUUUUAUUUUAGACAGUUUUUUUUUGCGCCGAUGCGUUUGCUUACUCCAGUAGUUGGCAGGUAGUUGGAGAUUACUAGGUACUAGGAGCGCUAUUCAGAGAAAUCCUUUCCAAAUGGCGAUAUACUGGCUAAAAAGGAGCUAACAUACCAUCUGUAUGAUUUGUACUGGUGUCAUCUGCGAUCGCCGAAAUCAUGUCACUAUACGAUGACUUGGGCGUAGAGACCAGUGACACUAAAACUGAAGGCUGGUCCAAGAACUUCAAGCUGCUGCAGUCCCAGCUGCAGGUGAAGAAGGCCGCCCUCACGCAAGCUAAGAGUCAGCGUACAAAGCAGAGCACUGUUCUUGCCCCAGUGAUUGAUUUAAAGAGAGUCAGCUCCAGUGAUGACAGGCAGAUUUCAGAUCUUGCACCCCACCUGGCCUCCGGGCUAAAGGAGCCUGUGCCAGGAAGUUUUCCCAUGGGUGAUGUGCUGAUGCCCCUGGCUGAUGAGUAUGACCCAAUGUUCCCUAAUGAGUAUGAGAAGGUGCUGAAGAGGCAUCGGGAGGAGAGGCAACGCCAGCGAGAGCAGGAGAGACAGAAGGAGAUUGAGGAGAGGGAGAAGCACGGGAAGCGUAAGGACUGGCCUGAGAGUGGAACCCCCCCUGGAUUCUCCCGGUUUCCAGCCGAGGGAGACUCAGAUGAAGAGGACGAGUAUGAGAAGGAAAAGAGGAAAAGGAGUAUGGGGGGAGCAGCAAUUGCUCCGCCAACAUCCCUGGUGGAGAAGGACCGGGAAUUGCCAGCCACUGCAUAUCCCUACGAUGAUGAGGCUCGUCAGCGCGGCCUCUCGUUGAAGGCAGCGAUCCCUCCACCCAGUUAUGAAGACUUAGACCGCCCCCGCUCUCCCCCUGGACCCAGCAGCUCCUUCCUGGCCAACAUGGGCGGGACUGUUGCGCAUAAGAUCAUGCAGAAAUAUGGCUUCCGUGAGGGUCAGGGCCUGGGCAAGCAUGAGCAGGGCCUCAGCACUGCCCUGUCUGUGGAGAAGACCAGCAAGAGAGGUGGCAAGAUCAUCAUUGGAGACCUGGUAGAGAAAGGUUCUACUCUACCUGGGGCUGAGACACCUGGCUGGACAGUAGCAGGGGCAGCCGACUUGUCUAAAAAGCCAGAAACAAACCCACUUACGGAGAUUCUCAAAUGCCCAACCAAAGUGGUCAUACUGCGGAACAUGGUGGGAAGAGGAGAGGUGGACGAAGACCUAGAGGAAGAGACAAAAGAGGAGUGUGAGAAAUAUGGCAAAGUAAUCAAGUGUGUCAUCUUUGAGAUCUCAGAUGUGUCUGAUGAUGAGGCAGUCAGAAUAUUCCUGGAAUUUGAGCGGGUGGAGUCUGCCAUCAAAGCUGUAGUGGACCUGAAUGGCCGCUACUUUGGUGGCCGGGUGGUCAAGGCCUGUUUCUACGACCUGGACCGAUUCCAUGGCUUGGACCUGGGGGAUCAGGUGUGACUCCAGAAGCGACCAGAAGAUUCCACGCAGUCUAUCCUUUAGAUGAUUCCUGUGUAUAUUUCCCUCUAUUUCUAUUCACAUUUCAUUUAUCAUCUGAGUGUGAGUUUUUGUCUUUUGUUACUUAUAUAGUAUGUGAUUGUGUCAGUUGACUCUACCUGAGUUAUCUCGGUGAUGAGUGUGAUUUGGCAAGAGGUUGGCGGCAUGCAUUUGUCCUCCAUUAGUGCUGGAUUUGUAAGUUAACAUAAAGCCAUGCAAUUUAUGUGAUGUCACGGGUACGACUGGGCACUCUACCAACUUGAGAUUUCUGUAGUGAGUAAGACUAUUCCUGACCCCAGUGAAAUGCUUGUGACUGGUGUGAUUGUUUUACCUGGUUCUGUGGACGACAACACGCCCCAGUGUUUUAGGGAGGGUCAAACUUCUCUUUGAUUCAGUAAUGAUACUGGACAAGCAAACUCUUUGGUCUCAUACAUGGUCUGUGACUGGAGUAUCUGCUGUUCAACCAGCAGAAGAACACAAGGUCCUGCUUUUCUCAGACUUGGACGUUAUGGGUCAAGAAGGUCAUCCUUGUUUAUGGCAAAUGUGUUUUGCGAAAUAUAGAAAUAAUUCAUAUUUAUAGGGAUGGAUUUGGGGUCACGCUGGACUGAGGUGUGCAGUUACUUGGCAGCAAGAAUACAUGAAACAGUACUUUUUAAAUAGUCAGUAGUCUGCAAAGCAUUUUGUGUGGUAUGCCGUUUCAUAUCUGAUGUGAUCCCUCAUGUCGGGAAGAAAAAUGUGAUUUUUAUUAAAAACUGCAUUUAAAAUUCAUGUUGUUUUAAAUCAA